UCUGCAACUCGCCUGCAACCGAUCACUCAACAUGCCCGGUAAAGCUUCCAGCCCCAUCAAGCGCACUCGCGCCGAACAAGCAGAUGGGUCAUGGCUGGACUUGGAAUACCUUCCUGGCUUCGGCAACCAUUUUGCGUCGGAAACCCUCAAAGGCGCGCUCCCCACGGGCAUGAACAACCCGCAAAAAUGCAACUACGGGCUGUACGCCGAACAAUUAUCGGGCACGGCGUUCACGCUGCCGCGCAAGUCGAACCAACGCAGCUGGCUGUACCGCAUCCUCCCCCCUGUCGUUCACGAGCAAUACAAGGAAAUCCCCGCGAAGCACAUCGUGAACGACUUCACCAACGAACACAUCACACCGCAACAACUGCGCUGGCAACCCAUGGCGUUUCCCAAGACGUCUGAAAAAGUCAACUUCAUCCAAGGCCUGCACACCAUGGGUGGAGCAGGAGAGCCCACGAUGAAGGCGGGCCUGGCCAUCCACAUGUACGCCGCGAACACGUCCAUGAAGGACACGGCAUUCUACAACUCGGACGGCGACUUCCUCAUCGUGCCGCAAGUGGGUGCGUUGAAGAUCACGACCGAGUUUGGCAAAUUGCACGUCAAGCCGCAUGAAAUCGUCGUGAUCCAGCGCGGCAUCCGCUUCUCCGUCGACCUGGAUGAGCCGUCCCGCGGGUAUGUGUUGGAAGUGUACAACCGGCACUUCAUCCUCCCCGACUUGGGUCCCAUCGGCGCGAACGGCCUCGCCAACCCUCGUGACUUUGAGCACCCCGUCGCGUGGUACGAAGACCGCGACGUGGACUUCACCGUGAUCGGCAAGUUUGGCGGCAAGUUGUUCUCGGCACACAUGAACCACUCGCCGUUCGACGUGGUGGCGUGGCACGGCAACUACGUCCCGUACAAGUACAACUUGGACUUAUUUUGCACGAUGAACUCGGUCAACUACGACCACCCGGACCCGUCCAUCUACACGGUGCUCACGUGCCAGACGGACGAAGCGGGCUGCGCCGUCGCGGACUUUGUCAUCUUCCCGCCGCGCUGGAUGGUGCAAGAGAAGACGUUCCGCCCUCCAUACUACCACCGCAACUGCAUGACCGAGUUCAUGGGCAUGGUAUACGGCGUGUACGACGCCAAAAAGGAUGGGUUCGUGCCUGGCGGUGCGUCCCUGCACAGCUGUGACAGCGCGCACGGCCCCGACGCCGCCACGUUUGAGAACGCAUCGAACGCCGACCUCAAGCCGCACUACUUUGACGGCGGCCUCGCGUUCAUGUUUGAGUCGUCGUACAUGAUGAAGCUGACCGACUAUGCGCUCAACUGCCCCCAGAACGAAAAGGACUACUACAAGUGCUGGCAGCCGCUCAAAAAGUUCUUCAACCCGCACCAAAAGUAGCCAAAGCACGUGGUCCAAUAAAUCGAAUAUGAAACAAUGGCCGUAAAACUAAUACAAAUAUAAGCGGAUGUUCAAAAGGCAA